AUGUUACUUCGAUAUAUAUUCUCGUUAGCAACAUUCGUUAGCAUAGUACUUGCCAGCGGCCAGCAGUCUGCGCGUAUCCCUAAGAGGGACUACGAGAACAAUCAUUAUUUUGUAGUAGACAUAGACACUUCCAGCUCGCUGAAACCUUUGAAAGAUUUCAUACAGUCGCACCAGGGAGACUUCAAAUUUGAACACCAGGUGGUGGGACUUGACGAUCACUAUGUGUUCAGCUUAAGAAAAGACAAUGCAAUCAGCGAGAUUAUGGGGAGCUACAAUGCGGGGCAGAGUGAUGAUGACAGAGUGUUGCAUAAGAGAGAUGGAUUCGAAGACGUAUACGACAAGGUGGUCAAAAGCAAUGGAUUGAGGAGUAUCUCUUGGAUGGAACCCAAGAGACUUAAGAAAAGAUUACCAGUAUACGUCACCGAGGAAGAAGCUCAGGAUUUCGAUUCUGUCAAAAGAUUUGAGGCAGUGGAUGCCUCUCAGAAGCCAAUCGUUGAAGCCAUGGAAAAGCUUGCAAUCAAUGACCCAAUUUUCCCCGAACAAUGGCAUAUUAUUAAUCCAAGAUUCCCUGGCCAUGAUAUCAACGUUACAGGGUUAUGGUAUGAGGGAAUUACAGGUGAAGGUAUAGUGACCGCAAUUAUAGACGAUGGAUUAGACUACGACAGUGAGGAUUUGAAGGCAAACUUCAAUAAAGAUGGAUCCUGGGACUUUAAUGAAAACACAAACUUACCAUUCCCAAGGUUAUUCGAUGAUUACCAUGGGACAAGAUGCGCAGGAGAAAUUGGAGCUGUCAAAAACGAUGUUUGCGGAGUUGGUGUAGCUUAUGGCGGCAAAAUCGCUGGUAUAAGAAUCUUGAGUGGUCCUAUAACUUCAGAUCAAGAGGCUUCUGCAUUAAUGUAUGGUUUAAAGGUCAACGAUAUUUACCUGUGUCUGUGGGGGCCCACUGAUGAUGGGAGGACUUUAUCACAACCUGAUUUGACCGUUAAGAAGGCUAUGAUCAAAUCGGUUCAAGAGGGUAGAGAUGGAAAGGGUUCAGUGUACGUCUUUGCAUCUGGAAAUGGUGGUAGAGCCAUGGAUUCAUGUAAUUUCGAUGGAUACACCAAUUCCAUUUACUCCAUUACUGUCGGUGCUGUGGAUUACAAAGGAUUGCAUCCAACUUAUGCCGAAGCCUGCAGCGCGGUUAUGGUUGUCACUUAUUCUUCAGGAUCUGGUGAGCACAUUCACACCACGGAUAUCAAGAAUAAAUGUUCUGCAGCCCACGGUGGAACUUCUGCGGCUGCACCAAUUGCAGCCGGUGUAUUUCAAUUAGUUCUACAAAUGAAUCCUAAUUUAACUUGGAGAGAUUUACAAUAUGUCUGUGCUAUGUCCUCAGUGCCAAUCAACGAACAAGAUGGUAAUUAUCAAGUCACUGCUUUAGGAAGAAAGUAUUCACAUAAAUAUGGAUACGGUAAAUUAGACGCCUAUGCUAUCGGACACUUUGCCAAGACGUGGAAGAAUGUUAAGCCUCAAGCUUGGUAUUAUUCAGAUGUAAUUACAGUUGGCGAAACGAUCGAAGGUGAUAAAGAAGAGACUAAAGUAAUUUCUAAAAUUCUUCUGAUCAAAGAAGACGAUUUGAAAAUAGUCAACUUAGAAAGAGUUGAACAUAUAACUGUUACAGUCAAUAUUGCAGCUACCUUAAGAGGUAAAGUUGGAAUGAGACUUACUUCUCCUUUUGGUAUUAUUAGUGAUUUGGCAACAUUUAGACCAGUAGACAACUCUAACGCAGGAUUUAAAGACUGGACGUUUAUGUCAGUUGCCCAUUGGGGUGAAUCGGGGAUAGGAGAUUGGAAAGUUGAAGUAUUUACAAGUACCCCAGGAACUGGCAGCAUAAUUGAAUUCCAAAGUUUCCAAUUGAGGUUAUUUGGAGAAUCGAUUGAUGCGGAAAAGACGGAAGUUUACGAUGUAACGAAAGAUUAUGCAGCAGAGAGAAGGGACAAACAAAGUGAGAAGGAAGGAGAAAUCGGAGUUGAUCCACAUCAUACCAGUGAUGUAAUAUCAUUGAGCUCCACAUCAAUUCCAAUUGCAUCCGAACAAUCCACUUCUGUUACCAAAGCCCCAAUUGACGAUGAAGUGAAUCCAACUGGCUCAAUUGCUUCAACUAGUACAACCUCAUCUCUGUCAAGCUUCAUAUCUGGAAGCUCUUCUGCUACUGGAGAUGUUGAAGAUGAUGAAGGAAAAACAAAGCAUUACACUUCAGACCAUACCGGUCAAUACUUCAUGGCGUUAGCAGUUGUUGGAUUUCUUGUUGUAAUCAUCUUCAUGAGAUUCCAUAAGUCUCCAGGAUCAUCCAGACGUCGUAGAAGAAGAGAAGAGUACGAAUUUGAUAUUAUACCCGGUGAAGAUUAUACCGAUAGUGAGGAUGAUGGUAAUGAAGAAGAUUCACUUGACCUUGGAAGAUAUAACAACCAACGUCGUACAAGUGAUGAAGAAAGAGAUAGACUAUACGAUGAGUUUAAUGCUGACACCUUGCCGCUGUACGAAGAUGAUGGCAUGUUCAAGAUCGGAGGCGAAGAAGAUGAAGAUCACAAACCAGAACAAAAGCAUACUAAGGAAGAACCAAGUGAAGAAGUAAAUACUGACGAAGGAGAAGGACAAAGUAGUAAAUAG